UGGCACAACAUUUCCGCUCUGCCCCUCUUUAGCCACACAGCUCACCGCCGCCCGUUGACGGCGAGUCGCCACCGCCCGUUAUCGUCGAGCCGCCGCGUCCGUUGCUGUCGAGCCACUGCCGCUCGUUGCCAAGGGCCUCAUAUCUCAGGGUACCAAAAGGUUGCUAAAGGCAAAUCUUGUCUCUAUACCCUGAUUUCUGCUCAGGUUUUAAUUCAGUUAUGUGGAGUGGUAUACUUGUUUAUAUUGACAUCAAAGAGAGAGACUCUUGAUAAACUUGCUAUUUCAUCUGCCAUCACUGGUCUCUCUUCACUGAUUGUGGGAGAACUAGGUUGCUAG